AUGGGCCUCGAGGAUCUUAGCGUAUUGGCUGCAAAUCUUGCAGCUGAGCGUGUUGUUGAUGCCAAAGGCGUGGCAACCGCUACUUCACCGAUUGCCGCGGCGUCUCCGAUCGAGACUGAGGCCGCAGCAAUGCGUCGCCGAACAUCAAUUCCCAGCACGUUCUCAUUCGGUGGCAUCGACCAUGCAAUUCCUACUUCAGAUAUCGGUCAGCGUCGCUGGCGAAGCUUUGAUGCAGCUCUUUCUGAGAAUACGGCCGCAUCUUCAGCACUUGACCAACUUACACGUCGCAUUCAAGAAGAGUCGCAACAUGUGCUUAAGCGCAAGGCACGAUUGUCCAAGCGGCGUGAACUCCUUCGUAGCGUCAAAGGCUGGAUCAGCUCUAGUCGCCGUGAUCAAGUUGCGCUGUUGCAGAUGCAACUUGUAGCUGAGGUAGCCACGAGUAACCGUUCUCUUGCUGUGCUUGGUGAUAUGCGCACGCUGCUUGAGCUUGACGAGGCCGAUGACCUUGCUUCUGGAACCCAGCGUCACCGAUCUAGUUUCGCCGCAAGUCAGACACUUCUCGACGGUAUUGAGCAGUCAGAUCGUGCACUUGCGGAAGAUUGGUUGAGACAAGUGCUGCAAUUACAAGCUAAUUACUUGGCAAAGCUGAUGAAGCUUCAUCGUCAGAAGAAUCUUGAGCCGAACGGAUUGACACUUCAGCAAUUACUCGACCAGGUAGUCAGUGUGACCUCCUAUAAAGAUGAACCAACACCCGCACUCGUACGAUUUGAGAAGCUGCUGAGUCGGCAGAAACUUCUCAAGCCAGAUCUCAAGAGAGCACUGGACAAGCUUUGCUUGGACACCAUGCGCUCAUUUACACGAUCUUGUAGUCAACCUGGACCAAAGACAGUUUUUGAUGAGAGAGAAGCUCGCGAUGUCAUGAACUCACUCGUUGAAGAGAUUGUAAACGCUGUUGCGGCUGAGGCCAAGCUUGAGCAGACUCAACUGCCGGCCCUGCGUAUGUUUGUGGAGCAUAUGGUAUUCUGUCGCCUCGCUUGUGCGUGCUAUCGUGACACUGAAGCUGACUUAGACGAGCUCAAUGCCUCUUGGCGAGAACAAGCAGCUAAGAUGCGCGAGUUGAGUCUGGAUGAGAUUGGUGUACCAGUAAAAAUUCCAGAAGAAGUCAAGCAUCAAGAGAUUUUCAGUGAGUCUAUUGCUGCCUUCAACAAGAUCCCACAUCUUGUGCCUUCAAGUGUUUUAUCGUCUAUGAUGCGAGCUGUUUGCACGCUGUACCGUGAAUCGAAAAACGGAUUGGGUCUAGACAGCAGCUGCAUCUCGGCCGACGUGUUGCUUCCAUUGCUAGUCUAUGUGCUUAGCCGAAGCGAGCUGCCACAUUUGCACUCACAGGUGUAUUUGAUGGAGCAGUAUGCUAUUGACGAAUCUCAGGAUGGCUCCGAAGCUGCCUACUAUCUCGCAUGUUUACAAGCUGCCAUGUGUUACAUAAUGGGCAACUGA